AUGAAUCUUCUUCUGCGGUACCGCUGCUCCACAGAACAGAAGGAUAGAUUAUCUAAACAGUUCACGUUUGAAGAUAUCAGAGCUGCUUUCUUUUCACUGCCAAGAAACAAAACUAGUGGGCCUGAUGGAUAUUCCGCGGAAUUCUUCACCGGUUGUUGGUCUGUCAUCGGGCCAGAAGUUUGUGAUGCUGUUGGUGAAUUUUUUAGGUCAGGGAAGCUGCUAAAGCAGUGGAAUGAAACGACAUUGAUCCUUAUUCCUAAGAUCACUAACGCAUCUUCUGCAAAGGAUUUCAGACCAAUAUCAUGCCUCAACACGGUUUAUAAGGUAAUCUCCAAGCUUCUUGCCUCAAGACUGCAGGAAUUUUUGCCACAGGUUAUCGCUCCUCAUCAAUCUGCGUUCUUAUCUGGUCGUACUCUUGGCGAGAAUGUUUUGGCUACAGAAAUUAUUCAAGCAUUGCGUGCCCUGGACAUUCCAGAUAUUUUUGUGGGUUGGAUAUCUGAAUGCAUUACAACUGCCUCCUUCACAGUGGCAAUUAAUGGCAGUUCAGGUGGUCACUUUCGAAAUACCAAGGGGUUAAGACAAGGUGAUCCCCUAUCACCUUAUCUCUUUGUCUUAUCCAUGGAAGUUCUUUCGCAGCUACUGCAUUCGAGGUUUCAGCUACUCUUGCACGGUAUUACUGAAGCGCUUGAUGAUUGUGCGUCUUGGUCUGGGCUCCGAAUGAAUCAACAAAAGACACAGCUGUUUCAUGCAGGAGUAAACCUUACUGAAUCUCAGGCUUUAGCAAGGUACGGAUUUAGCAAAGGUAAUGUGGACAGCUGGAGAGGUACAAAAGUAUCAUGGGCAUCAGUUUGUCUACCGAAAGAGGAAGGAGGGUUAGGCUUACGUAAGCUGUCCAUUUGGAAUAAAACAUUGUGUAUGCGCUUCAUCUGGUUGCUCUUCUCGGACAAUAAUUCACUGUGGGCGAAAUGGCAGAAGCAUUAUAUUAUUGGGACUAAAAGCUUUUCGGAGAUUGAGGUUUCAACGAUUCACUCUUCGCUAUGGAAGUCCAUCCUCCAGCUAAGACCUUUGGCGGCAAUCUUCUUGAGAACUAACGUGGCGGAUGGUAGGAAUACCCAGUUCUGGUGGGACUCUUGGACGCCGUUCGGGCCCCUCAUUCAGUACCUAGGAUACUCAGGUCCAAGCAGACUCAGGUCUGAUCAGGAGCUACAGCUGCAUGUUUUCUUAACAACCAUUGAGUUACCAUCACAUUCAACUAGUAACGACACUCACUGUUGGGUGGUUGAUGGGAAAGAAUAUAAUUCCUUCUCCUCUGCUCAUACUUGGGAGGUUCUCAGGCCUCGUGCAGAGAAGAAACACUGGUCUAAAGUUGUAUGGUUCAAAGGGUGUGUUCCAAAUCAUGCGUUCAAUAUGUGGAUAGCUCAACUGAACCGGCUUCCUACAAGGGUGAGACUAGCUUCUUGGGGUUUAAACAUAACCACUUUGUGUUGUCUGUGCGCUGUGGCAAAUGAAACGAGAGAGCAUGUUUUGCUAUCUUGUGUAUACAGCAGAGAGAUUUGGAAACUUAUCCUCUUACGCCUUGAUCCGGUUCGCAAUCUAUUUUCUUCAUGGGCAGAGCUCUUAUCAUGGUUGAGGCAAGGCUCAUCAGCUGCUCCUAGAACGCUGAGGUCUGUGGUGGCUCAGGCUGCAAUUUUUCACCUAUGGCGUCAACGUAACAACGUUCUUCAUAAUCAGCAGUCAGUACCGGUGAUAACUUUGUUCAAAGCCAUCGAUCGAGAAGUCGGAAAUACAUCACCCAUGUCGGGAUCAACCCUUGAUCUUGCUGACGACCCGAGAUACGUUGGACUCCCAGGGGGAGGGAGACUACUGUUGGAGGUGGGUUUCAUCCCACUCCAAACCCGGUACAGAAUUCGCCCCAAUGGUACGAAGGCCUCUUAA